AUGCUCCGCGGUCUGGGACAGUUCUUCUGUCGCCUCUGCGGUGCUCCAACCCUGCAGUCGUUGCAGCACUUCCUCAAUGAUGGAGAGGUGGCAAGUGCCUGGGCAACGGCCGAGGAGCUUCUUCGGUCCGAUCGCUCGGUCUUGGCCUCGUUGGAGGGCAGGGCCUCUUUGGCUGUGGCUGCGGCCGCGACUGGCCGCCUGGAGACUGCAGUGCAACUGCUGGAGGAGGCCCUGGAACCGGGCGCAGAAUUCCCAGAUGGCUCGGCGGAAGGCCUAACGGCCGUGGAGUCUCUGCACGAGAGGCUCGAAGAGCUCUUGAUGCAAAGCCGCGGCGAUGGAGACCUCUUCGGAGGUGUCAACUUGGGCGUGGAUCCCCUUCCUGAGCUCCAGGUCCCGGAGAGCUGGACAUGGACUUUACAGCUUCCGCCUGUAGCGGAGUUCGUGGGCCCCGUUGAGAUCAGGUGGAACGAAGGCUGUGAGCGCGGCCUUUUCGCAACCCGCCAAAUCUUCCCAGGAGAGGUGCUACUGGUGUCCAGGCCGUUGGCCGUUCACAGCGGCGUUUGGGCGUACUCCACAGCUGAGCUGGUGGAGCAGCUGUUAGACGCGUGCAGAAAUUCUGCACGAACCCGCUGCCAGCUGCAAUGCUUGACAGACGGCUGGACAUCACGAGCUCCUCCUACCCUGGCGGUUGUUUCGCAAGCUCUGUGGCCGCAGCCCGACACCUUGCCGACGGAACCACUCGGGAACUUCCUCACGAGAGAGGUCUUGGUGAACGUGGUGGACAGGAACUCCUUCCACGUGAACUCUAAGACAGCAAUCUAUGGGCUUCCAUCCAUGAUCAACCAUAGUUGUGGCAAUGUGAAUGCAAGUGCGAACAUUCUGGACCCCUUAGGGGACGCCAUUCUCUUCCGGGCGGAGACGGAGAUCAACGCAGGCUCCGAGAUCUUCUUCCCCUAUUUUAAGGUGAGCGGCUCACUCCAUCGUCGCCGCGAGCGCUCGGAGGCGAUGGGAUUUUGCUGCGGCUGUGAGAGGUGUAGAUUUGAAGCUGAAAUUCUUCCGGGAACCAAAGCUGCGGCGGCAUCCAAAGAUGCGAUGGACGCCUUUGAUAACAAGCUCCGGGACGAGAUGCAGGAGCUUCGCGAUCAGCCCAAAGAGGCCGGCCUGCAAUCUACGAUGCUUUUACAGGAGAUCCUCAGCCACACGCGACGAGUGGCCUCGGCCAUCGACCGCGCCUGGCGAGAACGAGAAGUUGCCUGGUAUUUGCACUUGGCACUACCUUUGUACUGGUGCGGCGUUUGGUGCACCCAGGAGCAGGAUCCGAGCUUGUGGAAGUGCACCCUGACCCUGGUGAAGGCCCGAUGUGAGCUGCUGCUUCAGAUGGUUCUUGCUUGGGAGUAUACCGACCGACACAGCUACGACCACCUGAAGUGCUGCUACAUGCUCUACCUGGCCUUCAUGGAGAUGACUCGCCUGCCUUUGUCGAGCAACCACUUCUGGGUGCCCCUGGUUCACCACGAGGUCCCGCUCUGGCGGCUGGAGGAGACCCCGGAGCCUGCCCAGCACACGACCAGCACCGAACUCUAUGCUUCUAGCAGGUUGCGAUGCGAGACGGCCUUCUGUGAAAAGUUCGGAGUCGGCAGCGACUACCUUUGCUUGGGCGGCUCGCACUGCCGUGCUGCGGCUUUGAUGAGGCUUCCCGGCCUUUUCCAGAGCUCUGCAUCUCCAAGUCGAGGCUCAAAUGCCGAAGCUUCAGAAGACAUCAGCGAGGCCGAGCGUGAAGAGCGCCGAAAGAUGGCAGCUGCCAAAGCACAGCAGCGCCAGGAUGAGAAUAUGUCCCGGGGGGUCGGCGACAAAGAGAAGGUGAAGCAGCUGCAGGAGAAGAACCAGAGAGAGGAGGUCCUGGGCAGGCUGGAGGAGCAGUAUGCCAGACUCGGUGAAGAGCUCCCGAUGGGUGUCAGGCUGGCAGAGCUCAAGAAGCUGAAAGAGCUCCAAGCAGAUGCCCAGGCCGCUUGGACAUAG